GGCAAACAAACAUUGUAGUGGCAAGCGCAUGGUUCAUUAAGCAGGGCGACUUCCAGAAACGUCGACUCGUGGCCCGUAUUUUACCUCGCGUAAAAGAAUGUGGCGUGAUCCGAACGUAGUGGGGGUCGCCUUCCAGAAAAAACGAAAAAAAUCGAAAGGCGUUCAGAACUUUUCGAGAUGUCGAACCGUCAACACAUGUGGCGCUUGGCCAUGGAUCGCUGCAUUAGGUUUUCGUAAUCCCCGAAACCCAGACAAACCACUAUGGAAGUGCGGAGGUUCCCUGAUAUCGGCUAGGCAUGUUUUGACCGCAGCACAUUGUGCACAUAUGGAUGGAAUAGAAAACAUACACAAUCAUAAUAUUGUCAUUCUUAGAUUGGUGGAGGAGGUGCCAUUUUCGAGGUACGUAUAUCCCAUUUGUACGAAAGAGCCCCUACGAAAGAGCAACUUCGUCGGCUAUAACCCCCUUGUUGCUGGAUCGGGAGCAUUAAGAUAUAGACGACCACGACGUAAUGCAUUAAUGGAAGUACAAAUGCCAGUGAUUAAGAACGCCGAAUGCAAAAUAGCUUAUUCCAAAUUUCCUAAUGCACCUGAUAUCACUGAUGGUAUAAUAUGCGCCGAACAUGCUCAGGGUGGAGAGGAUUCUUGUACGGCUGACCGCGGCGGACCACUGCUGAUACAACAUGAAUUAACCUCGUAUUUAAUAAGUAUUGUGUCUUAUGCUUAUAAGUGCGGCACAGCUGGGUAUCCCAGCGUUUACACUAGGGUCACAUCGUACCUUGACUUCAUUCUCCAAGCGAUGCAAUAAUAUGAUAUUACUGUUCCAUAAAUAUCAUUGUGUAAAAAACGUAAAGUUGGAUUUUCUUAUUGUGGAGAUAAGAAACAGCUCAAAUUUACAUUGUUUUGUACGUUACAAAUUAUAGGCUUAAAAUGUACGAAAUGUAACUUUGAAACGACACUAAUUUUUUACGCACGAUAAACCUCCACGACUUAGAUUAUAGAUUCCUAUACGACUCUCAGUAAAAAUUUAUCCGCACUCCAGAUAGUUAAAACUUCUGUCGACCGUAUUGAUCCAUCUGCACUCUUCGUAUGACGUCAAUAUCUGUUCAGUGCUGCUGCGCAGGUUUCUUUGUGUUACGUCAAUUCGUUUGUGACCGUUGCGCGAGUAAUGGCGCUUUGCAAUGGUGAUUUGCAGGAAAACAGUGCAGGAUGCUGUGAUUCGUUUCUUGUGGUCGGAGGUUAUGUUUGAUGCCUAUAUUUAUCAAAGAUUUAAUGCACAUUAUGGAGAAAGUGUUUUGUCACGAAGUGUGUUUGAAUGGGCACAAAAGUUCAAAGAAGAUCGCACGAGUGUUAUGAAAAAACAGCUGGACGCCCGUCCACAUCCACGAUGACAACAUUGAACGUGCUCAUGAACUUAUGCUCUAUGGAAUAGACGAGUGACACUGGAUAAUGUGGCAAAUCAUUUGCAAAUCAGCCACGGCUCUGCUUAUGCAAUAGUGCAGGACAGAUUUGGAUUUUAAAAAGUUUGUGCGAGAUGGAUGCCGAAAAAGCUGAUGAAAAGGUGAAGACGACGAUGCAUUCGUGGUUCGCAGCUCAGCCCAAAACAUUUUUUAAUGAGAAAAUACAAAGGUCCUUCGGCAAAUGGACAAAGUGUAUACAGAAAUCGAGUGAUUAUGUCAAAAAAUGAUGUAUGUCUUUUUUGACAAUUGCUUAAAAUAAAUUCUACACCGACAGAGCGGGUAACUUUUUACUCACCCUCGUAAGACACUUAAAUUUCCAAUCUAUUAUGAUGAAUAAAAGAGCUUAUACUAUUAAAUCUAAUUGUAUUUUGUUGCAUGAGAGUACACGUGUAUGUGAUGUA